AUGGCUACGCCAGAUCGACAAGAGCUCAUCCGAAAUGCAGUUGUCUUUCUAACAGAUCCAAAGGCGUCGUCACCGCUCGCGCAGCGCGUGCAGUUCCUCGAGGCAAAGGGACUCUCUAGUGCUGAGAUUGAUGAAGCUAUGAGACAGGCCGCAUUGAGCCAAGGACAGAUGAACGCGAGGACAAGUGUGCAGACAUAUCCCUCUGCAUAUCCACCAGCGUACGGGCCAGCUCCUUAUCCCGCACAACCUCCGGUGCAACCUUGGGACUGGAGAGACUACUUCAUCACGGCUGUUGUCUCUGGGGCUGUGGCAUACGGCGCUGUCUCACUCUUCAAGAAAUAUGUCCUUCCACACCUGCAACCACCCUCAUCUACAGCAUAUGAAAGCGAUAAGGACUCGUUGACGGCUCAGUUCGAUGCAGCAGAGGCGCUGCUCAAGGAGAUUCAGACCGAAUCGGCUGCCAUCAGAGUCGCAGUCGAACAACAAAAUGAGCGCAUCGAAAAGGCGACACAGGAUGUCGAGGACAUGGCUAAAGAAGUGCGCGAGGGCGAGUCUAAGACUCGAGACGAGAUGCGAGAGAUUCGCGAGGAAGUCAAUAACGUUCGAGAGAUGCUGCCUAAGAUGAUUGAAAAGAACAAGGAAAGCCAGCUGCAGUCGCUAGCAGAGUUGCAGCAAGAGCUGAAAUCGUUGAAGGCUCUACUGCUCAGCCGUGGCCCGAGUGCAUCCAGCGGUUUCUCGACCCCAAUCAUACCAAAUAAGCCGACAAUACCAGCAUGGCAGUUGGCCGCUAGUCCUUCUCCAGUGGGUGGUAGCAGCACCGUAUCCACUCCAUCAUUGCCCCAGCCGUCAUCCGAGCCUGCUGCUGCCACGAAUGGCAAAGGGAAGGAGGUUGAUUUGUCGCCAGAUCCCUCUUUCACAACGGCAUAG